GUGACAUUGGAUGUCGGUCGCUAUCCACUCAUCAUCAACAAUAAUUGUGAAUCUGACAAGACUCAGCGAUCAGAGAAUCGAUGGCGGUCACCAGCAGACAUGAUGUGGAACAAACGGAACGAACGGCAUUGCUUGAUGGUGGGGUGGCAGAAGAUGGCAACAGUACGGUGGUGACUUCUGAGCAUCAUCCAAAGAGCACAGUAUCGCGCGUACGAGGGAUCGUGAUAUGUCUUUCCAUCUGGCUACUGAUAUUUGUCACGACUGGAAACGUGUCGGCGAUAACGACGAUCCAGUCACCGAUUGCCAUUGACCUGGAUGCCUCGACCGAAGUGAGCUGGUUCACAUCAACCUACCUGAUUGCCAUCACGAGCAUCACACCCAUCUCGGGCCGGCUGUCUACUAUCUUCACGCCCCGAAUAUAUCUCCUUGUCUCGGUCAUGAUCCAGGCUUCGGGUCUUUGGCUCACUUCGCAAGCGCAGUCCUUGACAGGAUUUCUUGCUGGUCGAGUCGUCAGCGGCAUUGGUAGUGCUGCCAUCACCCCUGUGGCGUUCAUCCUGGUCACGGAGCUGGUCAGCCAACGCAGACGGGGCUUGUAUUUCGGCAUCAUCAACACCGGGUACACGACUGGCGUGUCAUGUGGUGCCAUCAUCGCCGGUGCUCUGGAGCCACGUAUCGGUUGGCGAACGGUCUUCUGGGCUCAGGCCCCUGUCGCGUUGGCUGCCGGGGUGGGUGCCUUUUUUGCUAUCCCUCAGAGCAAAGUCACCGGCCGCAGCUCGGAGACAGAGUCAGAUGAUGAGGAGUCGUUGAGAGACAAGCUGGCCCAGAUCGACUACUUUGGCGUCGUCACCCUCAUCACGUCGGUCGUGCUACUCCUGUACAGUCUCUCGGCGCCAAAAAUCCAGGUCACCCCGGUGAUUCUGUCAUUGGCAUCCCUCACACUCUUCAUCCUGGUGGAACGCCACUGGGCCGUCAACCCAAUCAUUCCCACCGCUGUCCUUUCGUCUCGAGGCAAUAUGCUGACGAGCUUCGCUACGCUUGGAGUGAUGACGGCUCGCUGGUCUCUGCUUUUCUACACGCCCACCUAUGUUUUGACUCUGAGACACUGGCCACAGGAAAGUGCCGGGUUGACACUAAUUCCUACAAAUCUGGGAUUUGGACUCGGUGGGCUCCUCAUCGGUUGGCUUCACAUUCGUCGCACGGGUUCCUUCUACCAGGCGGUUUUGGUUUGUUUUGGGCUAUUUGUGCUUUCCAUGUUUACCGUAUCGUGGAUCUCAACACCGACUUCAAACAUCUAUCUCUACUUGGGCAUCAUCUUUGUCAAUGGGUUUAUCGCCGGCGCAUUGCUCAAUUAUUCACUUGCCCAUGUCCUGCACUUGACCAGGCCAUCGACGCACGUGAUUGUUAUUCCAUUAAACGCCAUGUUUCGAAGUCUUUCGGGGUCAUUUGGGGCGUCGGUUGGAGGAGGCUUGUUUCUUCGCACGCUUCAGCAUGCUCUCACACAGGAAUUCAAAGAUCGAGGCAUAACUGGGAAUUCGCAGCUGAUUCGGCAACUGCUGGGACGACCUGGACUUGUACAGAAACUAGACGGGGUCGACAAAGAGGUGGCGCUGCUAGGUUAUGAACGGGCACUUCGCCUCGUGUACCUGGCUGGCGGUAUUUUGACUGUAUGUGUAUUGGUUCUGCAAGCUGGCACGGGGUGGACUGCACCAGGGCCUGAGAAAGAUGAAGGCCGAUCCAACAGGGCUCAAGGGAGACAAGUUUCGGCAGGGGAUGACACGUUAUCACAUGUUGUAUCUAGAGAAGGCUAGGUAGGUUGUCUGUGAUGCAUAUAAGGGAGUCAAGACGAACGUACA